GAUAGCAGAGAACUACAUGUCCCAUCAUGCAUUAGUGACGUCGAAGCUCAUGUGACCGCGGCCGCUCAAUCCCUCUGUCCGUUACAGAGCCCCUCUCGUUUGUAAGGAGCUCUAGUGAGGGGUCUGAGGCAAGGGCCCGUACGCGGUCUCAGGGGCCCCGGGUGAGCUACCAGCACAAGGGUUUAAAGAAGAAUGGAACCCAGUUCAGCUAAGCCAAAAGUUCCAGAAUUCCUUGCCAACUUAGGAAAAGCCACCCUGCGAGGAAUUAGAAAAUGCCCGCGCUGUGGUACAUACAACGGCACCCGAGGCCUGAGCUGCAAGAACAAGAGCUGUGGCGUGGUGUUCCGCUUUGGGAAUCGCAAACAACCCAGUAAGGCUGCAGUCAAGCUUCAUACCGGGUCCGAUGUGCAGAUAUUCUCUGUCAGGCAGAGGGACAGGGGACAUGACCACAGAUGUUUGGUGGUCUUGGGUCUCUCAGAGACCACUAUCCAGACUGAAGAAGGUACAGUUAUAACCCAGAUAAGCUCAGGUCGCUGCCUAGCCCCAUCUUGUCUCAAGGCUGCAGCACGCGGGGUUGUAGAAAACCACUGCCAGCAUAUCAAGUUGGCUAUGGACUGCCAGAGUGAGGCUGAGCCUUUGCCACUAAAAAACUCACUUCUAAAUGCCAUGCUGAUCCCGCCAGAGACCAAACAAAGCAUUUGGCAGUUAGCUAAUGAGUCGCCAGGGCCAUUAGUCCAGAGGAUUACCAAGUCUAUCCUUGUGGUGCGAUGCAAAACUAGCCAGCAGCACAGCCUGGGCUUCCUUCAUGUUUCUUUCACUCAGAAGCCCAGUUUGCAGUCUGAGCCUGGGCAUGUCUUCGUUUGCUCCUGCCAGCCCCCGAAAGCGGCUAAAACACAACCUGCAAAACCUGAGGCUGAGGAAAAAUGCAUCCACUACUAUGCUUGCCUGGGGGCCUUCGCCAGCGAUGAAGCUCUAGCCAGUGAAUUUACAGAGUUUUUCUGCUUCCUGUCCAGCGAUAAGUCUCUGGUCCUUAAAGAGGAGACUGUUUUGGAGACAGACUGCAAGAUGGAAACCGUGGUUCAGGUACAGGAGCAGCCAGCCACAGCAUUCAAACCCAAAAAACGUCGAAAAGACGACACUCCUGGUGCCAACGCAUCUGUUCAAGAAUCAUCUCUCACUCCCCUGAGAAAAUCCUCCCCAAAAAAACACGGAGCCAUUCCAACUAUUAAGAGGCCAGGAUGCAGCCCACUCAUCGAUGAGUCUCAGGUAUCCUUGUCCUUCCAGGACUGGCUGGCCAGUGUGACAGAGAGAAUUCACCAGACCAUGCACUACCAGUUUGAUGGUAAGCCAGAGCCACUGGUAUUUCAUAUUCCACAGUCGUUCUUUGACACUCUUCAGCAGAGGAUUUCUAUGGGAAACACAAGGAAGAGGCUUCCAAAUUACACCACAACUUUCGUCAGAAAAGAUGCCCUUCCGCUGGGAACCUUUGCCAAGUACACGUGGCACAUAACCAAUAUCAAUCAUGUCAAACAGAUAUUUGAUACAAUACAAGUGCCACUGGAGGUUACCCGAAGCUUUGUCCAGAACCGAGAUGGAACAUAUGAGCUGUUCAAAUGCCCCAAAGUGGAAGUGGAAAGCAUUGCUGAGACAUAUGGCCGGAUAGAGAAACAGCCAAUCCGACCUUUGGAGCUGAAAACGUUCCUGAAAGUCGGUAAUACUACCCCAGACCAGAAAGAGCCCACCCCUUUUACCAUCGAAUGGAUUCCUGACAUCCUGCCUGUGUCCAAGAUAGGGGAGCUGCGCAUUAAAUUUGAGUAUGGUCACCAUCGGAAUGGUCCCGCUACUGAUUUCCACGAGCCACCACCCAGCCUGGAGCACACUCUGGAGAUAACACCUCUCACCACUAUUACAUUCGACUGAUCUCAUUAACAAGCUCUGACCUGCUUUUCACAUCCCAUGCACUUUUAUGUAGAGUUACCAUUGGGUAACGUGUCAUUGUACAAACAGGAUCCUUUGAAAGGGGUAAAUACCCAGCAGCACAAUAAUUCUGCCCAUCACCCGCCAAGUACCCAGAGUAUCAUCUUUUUAACUUGGUGACCACACACCCAGCAGUGUUACUACUGUUCAGAGUUCUUGAUUAUUUCUCCCAGACAGUAUGAAACAGUUACAAGGAAGAACUUGAUAAGAUAAUCAUUGAAACUAUCUUUUUUUUUUUAACCUGACAUUUCAUUGAUUGGGUGGGGAAAUAAAACUGUAGAACGAACAUUCACUUGAGCUGAGUGGAAGGCAAUGUUUCUGCCCGAUGUACUAAUCUUUUGGUUGCUCUAAAAACCAUGCAACGCUCUUCUAUUAUUAGCUGACUUGCUCUGCUCUUGGCUUAAUGUGACUUUGAGCCCAGCACUGCUAUCAUGUGCUCUCAGUCUGUUUUGCUGAGUGCAAAUAUCCCUUUUCUUUCUCUGAGCUCUGGCAAUGGCUGCUAGUAUGUGUCUCAUUCUCCUGUGGUGUUAAAGAAAGUCUUUGUGGUGGCACUUCUAAUGCCAAGCUGCCAGUUUGGAUUCCUGUAAUUCUAUAGAAAGGGAAAGUGAGCUCAGACUAGGCACUGAACCAAUGGGAGAGCAGAAGUAAACUUCAAGUGAGUGGACAUGAGGAACUUCAUAGACGACUUCACCAGCGAACUUUCGAAUCAUGGAAAGAAGUUGCUUUACUGCUGCCAUUCAGAGCACAAAGGCACAGGAUCAGUUCUCUACUUUUUAUUGGUGGUUUUUAUUUUCACAGACACUGCCCUACAUCUUCUCAGUUACUGUUUAUGGUACUUUUGACUGCUUUUUUUUCUUAGAAAAAGAGCCUUUCAGCCCAGCUGCGAGUGAUUGGAUUCCUAUGUCUGGGCCUCGAGCAUUGGUGCUGAGACGGAGAUGAGUUUAACCAAUGAGAAAGGAGAAAUUUAUAAUUAAAAAGCUGUAAUGAAGGCUAUAAGAAAAAUAUUCACUCUCUACAAUGCAGUCUGUAGAUAUUCACUCUCUCCAAUGGAUUCUGUAGAUAUUCACUCUCUACAAUGGAUUCUGUAGAUAUUCACUCUCUCAAAUGGAUUCUGUAGCUAUUCACUCUUUACAAUGGAUUCUGUAGAUAUUCACUCUCUACAGUCGAUUCUGUAGAUGUUCACUCUCUCAAAUGGAUUAUGUAGAUAUUCACUCUCUACAAUGGAUUCUAUCCUCCCACUGGCUCACUUGGUGUGGUCGAUCCACUAUUCCCAGAGUAGAGAAUUACGUAUGAUAGUAAGAAGCUUGAUAAUGAUUUGUGUGCUGUUUGCGGUUUUCACAUUGUGCUUUCCUUCAGUUACAAGCCCUGUGAUGAGCUGAAUUCAGUCUUUGAGGAUUUGUUAAUUACUCCUGAGUAAAAGCCAGAAACAUUGGUCUUGCCGGUGGUAAUAAUAACAGUUAAUAUGGGAAUGAUCUAGGUCUUGGUGCAGUUGGUCUGCAUUGUGUAUAUAAAGGCUGCAGGUAAUCGGCAACCUCCUAUAGGUCACAUAAUGGAAACCCUCCUAACUACUAGUAUCAAAAUGACUGGUGUGCACCAAAUGCAUCAAUAAAGCCUACCCCUUUCCUAUGUAGCAAGAGCUGUUUCACAGGCAGCCAUCAAAUUGCACCCAUACUUAUAAAAAGUAAAGUUCUGAUUCAUUUGAAUGUAUGGAGAAUUUAUGAAUGAGGCCGUACAUUGUGCUGUAAUGAUUGUAGAGGCUUUGCUUGUAGCCAGUAAUGUAUCUCCUGAUCUUGUACACAGUUCCGUGGACAAGGUUGAAUUUGGAGCAGUAUCACAGUUGACACACUCAUAUUGGGAGAUAUAAAUGAUAAGGCGACGGGUGCUGUAAAUCUCUUUAAUCCAUAUCCCCAUCCAUAGGACUGGGAUUGUGAUUCCGGAUAUUAUUGUAUUGCAUCUGAGGCUGUAUCCCAAGUAAGGAAGCGGAUAGCUCUUAUAUAUAGCUGGAUGAAUUCUUUCUGAUUGGCACAGGAUCCAGUUGGUAAAUAAUGCCAUAGGCUUUUGCAUGUAUUUCAGUGAUACAGAAUCUCUCCUUAAAGGGAAGAUGAUCCUAAAAGGAAUGUUUGGUAUGGUACAGACAAUGGCAAUCCUAAAACAACUGCCUGCAUUUAUUUUUUUGUAUUUUUUAUGUUUAUUUAAGACAAUUUACAUUUUAGUUGAGCUUCCCCACCGGUAUAUAUAUUGCAUAUUCAUUUAAGAGAGGGGCUUCACAUCUGUGUACAUUUCCUUUAGCAGCUGGUUGUUACUGUAUCUAUUUGAUGUCUAAUUUCAUGUAAUAUCGUUUCCAGCCGUCAAUGAGAGUGACAUGGUAUCCAUCUCGGGCCAAGCAGAGCUUGCGGAGGUUGCAGUGCAGUUUCGGGCUCCGGCUCAUAGUAAGAACUUUGCACAUGUAACACAGUCAAAAAUCAGCGGGGAAUCAUUUAGCGGCAAAAGUUUUUACAAACAGGACCAAGAUGCAAAGCUAGAGUGACAGUAGUUGGUCAGUAUUAUCAUUCAUUUCCACCAGUAUUACACAUGCUCCCGGCCUCACUAGACAGGGAUAAGUUACCACCCACAGGGCAGAGUAUCUUACUGAUAGGAGAAUUGCCAUGAAGCACAGAGACCUACAUUCACCCCAUAAAUACAACACUGUCAGCGUUCAGCAGGGCUUUAUUUAUGAGGGACAGGAACAUAGGCCUUCCCUCUUCCUGAACAAUAUUCAAGGAGCAGUAGCGGUGGGCCCCUAUACACAUAUGAAUAAUAUGAAUGACAGGUCAUAUUGCGCCUCACACUGGACUUUUUUAUUUGGCAUCAGGUGUAGAGCUUAGCCAGAUCCUGGUUACUUUUGCACUCCAUAGUGCACUACUGUAUGGGGUUUAAGUAAAUUAACAUCAAUGCUUCCACUUCCCCAGCAAGCACUAAUUACUAAUUGGAAAUAUAAAGCUAAUAGUGUUACUGCAGUUCCCAUUUGGUUCAGACUCUGUAUUUCCAUUUCUCCUCGGGUAGAAAUUCACAAUAUCACAGUCUGUAUGAGUCAGCGCUAGAUAGCUAGGAGAAAUAAGAAUGCAGCAUAAAAGGAAUCUUAAGUGUAGUGGGUUGUUGGUAGUUGUAGUUCCACACUCUCCCAAAACCUCACUAGGGGGUGCUAGAAUACUUCUUACAUCCACCACGUGUUUUGCUUAAAGUUGGGUACUUACAAAUGUUUAAGACUUUAAAUUCAUUCAGCAGAAUAGUCAGGAUGAGGUACUACGUGAUUACUGCUGUCAGAAGAUGUAGAGCGCAAAUAAAAGUGUAAAACCUUUUAAUACGUAUAUGUAAAAAAACAACUAUUUCACUCAUAUUUGAGAAGUUUUAAAAAGGAACAUCAAAUCUCCACUUUCCCUGUAGAGUCCAUGUUACUAUGCAAGCUGGUGUAUUGGUUUUGGCUCCAACCCGCAUUGCUUCCACCCGCUAUAACACUCCUGGGGCGCUUAGAGAUGACGUCACACCUUUGCCUUACGCGUUUUGUUGCUUUGGCAAAGGUGGUGACGUCACAACUAACGGUGAGACAUAGGGUAUAAAUAUGACAUCAUGGGACUACGUUUCCACAGCCUACACUUUGCCACCAAUCCUGAACAGCCUAGCUCUAUAGAGAGAGAGAAGCAUCAAUCCACAAUUCAGCAUUAUAGAUCACAGAUAAACAGAGAUAGAUAUUGGAUCACCAAUGAGCUCCCUUCACUAAAAAGACCAAAAAAGUGAUGUCACAUGCUUGUAGGCCAACCAUCAGAUGCCACUUCUUACCUAAAGCUGCUUCUAAAACUUCUUCCUUCCUCCAGUGCUGUUGGAUUCCACCUUAUAAUGGCAUAGCCUAAUGAUUCCUUGUUGAAGUCCAUUCAUUUCAGUCUUUGCAGGUACAUUUCACCUGUGUGUGUGUGUUUGUGUGGCUAGUGCUGCACUUCAGUGGAGCUGGAUACUCUAAUGGCCGCACAUAAUGAGGCCAAUCGGUUUCCAACUUGUUUCUAAUUGUCGUUGGUUAAUAAAGGAAAACCAUUUGUUGA